GCCCUUUCUUUCUUUAUUUGAAUCAACAAUUAUUAAAUAUUCUAUUUUUCUUCUUCAGAUUCAGACGUUAAACUCAAUCCAUUUCAUCUGAAAAAAAUCAACUUCAAAUUUCUUCAUCAAAACCCCUAUUUUUGGAAUCGAAUCCAGUUCCAAAUCAAAUCCGAAACCGGAGAGAAAUCUGUUUUGUUGUCAAUAGCAAAAUCUCUCUGUAAAUCUCCAUCUCCUACCUUCUUCAACACAGAGACUCAGAGAGAGAUACAGAGAUUUAAGUUAAACUCAAUCGGUUUCUUUAUCAAAACCCCUUAAUUUUGAACCGAAUCUUAUACCAAAUCCAACCCAAAAAGAGAGAAAGUGAGUGGAGAAAUUUGUUCGGUUUUCAUCAGCAAUAAUCUCUCUGUAACUCUCCAUCUUCUACUACUUUCAAUACAGAGAGAUACAGAGAUUUUGAUUAAAAAGGUGAAAGUGGUGGUGGUGGUUUCAAAUGGCAAAGAUGGUUGUAGAGAAGGUUUCAUCAGAAGAGGAAAAGGAGAAUCAUCAUCCAUAUGCUUACCAUGUUUCAGGACCAAGGAAUAUCUCUUCUCCAAAUUGGAGAGACAUCAUCAGUUCUAGCUGGAAAGAUGAGAAUUACAGAAGAACAGUAAUUGCUUGUUUCAUACAAGCAGUAUAUCUAUUAGAACUAGAUAGACAAGAGAAUAGACCGCCAGAAACAGCUCUAGCACCAAAAUGGUGGAAACCCUUUAAGUAUAAGUUAUCACAGACACUAAUUGAUGAAAGAGAUGGGUCGAUUUUUGGUGCAGUACUAGAAUGGGAUAGAUCUGCAGCACUGACUGAUUUCAUAUUGAUAAGACCAAGUGGUGCGCCCAAAGCUGUUUUAGCACUUAGAGGGACAUUACUGAAAGGUCCAACAAUUCGGAGAGAUAUCGAAGAUGAUCUUCGGUUUCUGGCAUGGGAGAGUUUGAAGGGGUCUGUGAGGUUUAAUUGUGCUUUAGAUGUGUUGAAAUCGUCUGUGGAUCGAUUUGGUAGUUGCAAUGUGUGCAUCGCAGGGCACUCGUUGGGUGCGGGUUUUGCGCUUCAGGUGGGUAAAGCAUUGGCGAAACAAGGUGUUUUUGUGGAGACGCAUUUGUUCAAUCCACCAUCAGUUUCUCUUGCUAUGAGUUUCAGGAAUAUUGGAGAGAAAGCUGGGUUUGUUUGGAAAAGAUUCAAGUCGAUGCUUCCGUCGAGUAGUGGUGAGAACAAUCAAACGGAUGAUCAGUGUGUAGGUAUUGGUUCAAAUGGGGGGAAAGUUUGUGCAGAUAUCAUGAAAUGGGUUCCUCAUUUGUAUGUCAAUAACAAUGAUUACGUCUGUUGUUAUUAUACCAAUCCUGAAAUGAAAGAAAACGGCGGCCAGAGUAGCAAUUCUGCAGGGAAGGAUAAUGCAGACCCAACUCGGGUAAAAGCUGCAGCUGCAAAGCUAUUUGUGUUGUCAAAGGGAAAGCAGAAGUUUUUCGAGGCUCAUGGGUUAGAGCAGUGGUGGAAAGAUGAUUUGGAGCUUCAGCUGGCUCUCAACAACAGUAAACUCAUAGACAGGCAGCUCAAAUCUUUGUAUUCAUUACCAGCACCGGCACCACCGCAGUGGAAGGCUCUAUAAUAGGUUCGUGUUCCUUUUACUGCUUACCUUGCAAUUGUUUUGCAACUACUGUAAACUGCAUCAGUGAAUUAAAGAAAAAAAACAUUCUCGAAUGAAUUUGUUUUGGCAAUGUAGCACAUAUUUAUAAUAAAGAAAUUCACUCUCUAUGUGGUUUGUCCACGGAGAGUCCUUAAUAACAAGUGUGUCCACUGUUAAAUGCACAGUCAUGCUCAGCAUUUCUGUGGUUCUGUGUUUCUUAGAUUUUAUAUUGGGGGAUUCUGGUUCAUUUUUUGUUAA